AUGUAUACUGCCCGUGUCGUCAAGCCAAAGUUGUCCCUGAGCAUCUCUGCUGCGCAGAGUGUUCCUCGGCCAACACUAUCACUCAAGUCACCAGGCCCUAUUCCGCGCACUCCUGUCUCGCCAAUUUCCGCAUCAAGCCCAUCCAGCAUGAGAUUCUCCUCACUGCAAGUUCCAAGCUACGCAUACACAAACUCUUGCUCAUCGAAGAGCAUCCUUAAGAAGCAGUCGUCCUCGCGCACUGCCACUGUUGACAAGCGUAUACAAUUCCAAGUCACGCCAACAGUCCACUGUGUGACGCCUAUUGAGAACCCAGACGAAUAUUACGGCAAGCACAUGAAGAUGUCACGAGAAGAACGGCGAUGGACGGUACGGCACCGCUCUCAAGGUCGUUCUCUGGAUGACUAUGCUGCCUCUCGCGCUUGUCUCGACCAGCAUUCAUCAGCGCUAAAUGCGAGGAGAUGUUUGACCUCCCGCCGUGGCUUGCUCACGUUGGCAAUCGAAACGUCGUGUGACGAUACAUCAGUAGCUAUCGUUGAGAAAACAAAGAAAGACUCCGGAAGUGCAGCCAAAAUCCAUUUCCUUGAAAAUGUAACGGCCGACACGCGUGCGCAUCGGGGAAUUCACCCUAUCAUCGCCCUUGAAUCUCACCAAGACAACCUCGCAAACCUUGUACAGAGAGCCCUUAAUUAUCUACCGGAGUCCAAAACAAGCGAUGGACUCAAACUGGCAGAUGGAACUCGUCGCCGCCUCCCCGAUUUCAUAUCCGCCACAAGAGGUCCCGGUAUGCGAUCCAACCUGUCCGUUGGCCUCGACACUGGAAAAGCGCUGUCGGUUGCAUGGCAGAUCCCCAUGGUCGGAGUGCAUCACAUGCAGGCGCAUCUUUUGACACCCGGACUAGUUUCAAGUCUGGAAAAUGAAGCCAAGCCCGACUCACCUGCAAUAGUGCCCGAAUUCCCUUUCCUAUCCAUUCUCGUCUCUGGCGGCCAUACGACUCUGGUUCAAUCCAAAGGUCUCACAGACCAUAGAAUUCUCGCUACAAGCGAAGAUAUAGCUAUUGGAGAGGCACUUGAUAAAUCUGCACGAGAUAUCCUACCUGAGUCUUUCCUUCAGGAAGCUAAAACUACCAUGUACGGCAAAAUUCUGGAGCAAUUCGUCUUCCCUAAUGGCAAGGCCGAUUUCGCGGAUUACUCGCCACCAGAAUCUCGGGGCAAAGAAAUAACCAAGCGCGUAAGCGACUGGGGCUGGUCUCUUACUACUCCAUUUGCGAAUACGCGCAUCAUGCAGUUCAGUUUUUCUUCGAUUUCGAGCAUGGUCGGGAAGAUCGUUCAAAGUAACGGUAUGAAUAUUAAGAUGUCACAUACAGAGCGUGUUGAUCUAGGCCGGGAAGCCAUGCGCGUUUGUUUUGAGCACCUUGCUUCGCGCACUGUUAUCGCUCUGGACACUAUGCGGCCGCACAAUAAUGGCAAGAAUGAUAUCAACACCAUCGUUGUCAGUGGUGGUGUGGCCGCCAACCAGUUCCUCAUGAAAGUGCUUACUUCAUUUUUGGAAGUGCGCGGCUUUGGCAAUAUCAAAAUCGUUGCUCCGCCUCCAUAUUUGUGUACCGACAAUGCGGCCAUGAUUGGGUGGGCAGGCAUUGAGAUGUUCGAGGCUGGCUUCCGAUCCGACCUCGACUGCCGUCCUUUACGGAAAUGGACCCUCGACCCACGGGCUGAUGAUGGAGGUAUCCUUGGCCCAGGAGGCUGGAUCCAAGAGUGA